AUGGCUCCACUGUCGCUACAAUCGACCCACAGGAUGGUCUCGGGAUAUGAGAUCCCUGUUGUUGGUUUUGGUGUUUACCAGACCCCGCCGGAUAUCACAGAAAAGGUGACUCUGAAGGCCUUGGGAACCGGCUACCGCCAUGUUGAUAGCGCCAAGUACUAUGCGAACGAAGCCGAAUGCGUUGAGGCUAUCCGGAAGUCGGGUAUUGACCGUUCCAAGAUCUUCUAUACAACCAAGAUUCCCGUCACGCACAUGUCAUACGAAAAGGCAAAAGAGGCUAUCGAAGCUAGUCUUGCGGAUGCAGCAGGAAUUGGCUACAUCGACUUGGUACUACUCCACGCUCCGUAUGGAGGCAAAGAGGGUCGUCUGGGCGCAUGGCGCGCUCUGGUAGAAGCCCAGAAGGCCCACAAGAUCCGUUCCAUUGGAGUUUCCAACUACGGUAUCCACCACCUCAAUGAGCUAGAGGAAUACAUCAACAGCGGCGUGGGGGGUCAAAUCUCAGUUUGCCAGUACGAGAUUCAUCCCUGGUGUGCGAGAGAAGACAUUGUCGACUGGUUAAAGAAGCGCAACGUUGUCGUUGAAGCCUACUCGCCUUUGGUGCAGGCUACCCGGAUGAAGGAGCCCGUUUUGCAGAGCCUGGUUAAGAAACAUAACAAGACUCCUGCUCAGAUUCUGAUCCGAUGGAGCUUGCAGAAGGGAUAUGUCCCUCUUCCUAAGUCCGUGACCGAUUCUCGUAUUAUCGAGAACACGCAGGUCUUCGACUUUGAAUUGUCGGAAGAGGACAUGAACAGCUUGAAGACAGGGCAACACGCACCUGUCUGUUGGGAUCCUGCCAGGGACUCCCGCCUGUAA